CCUAGCCUCGGAAUGGAUGAUAGUAAAUGGCUGAGGACCCGGAUCUCUCCAGACAGCGCAUAGAACAGCAGCAACUUCGCAGGCAGCUGAAUGAAGUCUUCGGGCCGUUUGAGCAAUUUUGUGAAUAUGUAGCUGGUACCAAUAGUGCUGGUUCAAGUGGUAUCAUGCGCCACGGUGUGGUACAGAUACCUACGACUCCGAUACUCUCAUCACGUUCCAUGUUGCCUUCUUCUGCCCCUGCACCUUCACCUAAUACUCAUCAAUCCACUCAACAAUUGUUGCAGAGCAUGCAGAAUCUUGUUACCUCACCAAUCCAGCCGCUGCAAGGAAUGCCGUUCUCCUGUAAUCGAGACUAUUUGAAUACUGCUCCUUCUUCAUCAACUCACAAUAAUUCUGAAAGUCGUGAUUCGGCAAAAAAAGGAAAACGCUACAGGACGAUGGAUAGCGAUUCGGAAGUGGAGCGGGAAAAAAGAAGGCGAGGAAGAGAAGAUUCCAGGUCCUCUGGCUUACCAGGGAAUAGUGGGAAUAAUCGCACUCACCAAUCUUCUAGUAAUCCUGAUGGUCUACGAGCGCUGUUUGGCGGCAGUUCAGACAGAAAGGAACCACCCGAUAAGGGCAUCAGCCCUGAUUCUGGAAUACACUCGGCCGAAAACGACCCAGGAGAUGAAAAUGAUGUCCAUUCUGCGCAAACUAUAAUCAAUUUGAUCACUAGAUUAUCACCUCCACUCUCUCCUAUCAAACAACGACCCAUUGAUAAGAAAGCUGAAAGGGAACGGAGAGAAGCUGAGCAGCGAGAACGGGAAAGAAGAAGAGAGCGUGAAGAAGCUGAAAGGCUUGAACGGGAAAGACUUGAACGGCUCGAACGAGAGAGGAAGGAGAAGGAAGAACGUGAACAGCAGGAAAAGGAACAAGCUGAACGUGAAAGAGUCAGACGAGAAAAUGAACGACUGGAAUAUGAGCGCAGGGAGCGGGAAAGGAAGGAGAAGGAACGUGAGGAAAAAGAGCGCAAGGAAAAGGAGCAGCAAGAGAGGGAACGCGAGGAGCGACGGGAGCGGGAACGAGAAGAACGCAAACGAGAACGGGAGCGUGAGGAAAAAUUGCGGAAAGAGAAGGAGGAGGAGAAACUGCGGCGCGAAAUGAGGAAACAGAAGGAAAAAGAAAGGAGUAGCGAGAAGAAGCCUAAGGAAAUGAACGACCGAACUGAAGAGGGCCUUGAGCGGAAGGAGCGCACGAAAAAUGCAGACGUUGAGAAGUCGGAAAGUCUUCCUAACGAAAGAAAAGACAGUACUGCCCGUAUGGAUGGACUAAAGGGUGAGAUAACCCUGAGGGGUCUUGAUCGAUCAAAACUUAAGCAACUCGUUGAAAUUGGAAGAAGAGCUGGUCGAUUGAAAGAGGAUUAUAAGGAGGACGGAAAAGAAGCAAGUGCGAAGGAGGAGAAGCGGAAGGAGAAGAAAGAGAAGGAGAAGGAGCGGGAGAAGAAAUCCAAGGACAGAUUGUCUGUAGAAGAUGCAUUGCGGAAAAGUGCCAAGCUGCCCAGUGCAAAAAGUAGUCCUUGUCUGCCACGUGCAGGAAGUUCACAGUCGCAUGAGGAUGCAUCGCAUUCUCGCCCUUCAUCUGCAAUAAGCAACCACCCGCCUAGGAGUGGAUUUGAAUGUGCUGCUCACGAGUGCGUUCCGUUAAGACCAGCUCGGCCAGUAAAGCCCGAAGAGGGAAGCACUGAACUGCUGUACGACUUUUAUCAUUCGAUUGCGAAGUCAAGAAAAAGAAAAGGAGAUGCAGAAGCGGAUAAAGUUGCACGAGUUCUUCUCUAUCUCGACGCAGCUGCGUACUUCAUCCUGUCAGCAAAGCAUUUCAAUCCUCCCGAUGGGAACGAAAAUCGAGCCAAUCGGCAGUACUCGAUUAUACGCGACACUGGUGAUUUGCUGAAGAAAACAACUAACAUGUUUCUGGCCCAAACCGACUCAAGUCCACCUUUGCAUGCUCAUAUGUCAUCUCGUAUUCGGAAUCUCAGCCUGCGAUGCCAAGCCUGUUUGAUGUAUCACCUCUAUAAUCUCAGAUCCUCGAACGCCUUAAAAACGUAUAGCAUGCUUGCUCAAAUGGAAGCACAGUUGCAAGAAGAGCAGGCACAAAACGGAUCGUCUGCUCAAAACACGUCGUCACCCGGAAGCAGUGUUCAUUCGAAUUCGAAUCAGUCUGCAACUGUUGUAACAAUGCCGACUAGAGUCUACGAAGUACAAAGGCAACAGCUGAAAACUUUACAUCAACUCAUGUUUGCACAUCGUGCAUGGCAAGAUGCUGUGAAACGCGCUGAUGUUAGUACGACAGAUAUGGGCUUCAUUGGAGGGCUGGAGAAGAUCUGUGGUGCAACAUUCUUGGAUGCUCCUUUGGAAAAGAUGUCUGCUUUUGUUCUAACCGGUAUCGCUUGGCUCAGAGCAGAAUAUGAGCGCGAGAAAUUACGUCCCCCUCCCCCGUGGUAUAAUAUUAACGCUAGACAAUCUAGCCGACAGCGCCUAGCUUAUCGUCGUCACAACAGGAGAGCAUGGAUAUGUCUACUUCAUCGGCCUUCUGAGCUAGUCAUUUAG